UGUUUUUUAAUCUAGCAGAUCUUCUUCAACGUUGUUUAUCUCUAACAUCGAGAGGGACCGUUUCCAAGACCACUCCGUCGAACCGUCACAUUUCUACUGUAAAUAUAAGCGGGGCUCUAUUAGGCCUACUGCAUUCAGAUGGAGACACAAUUCAGGAAGAAAUCGGCUGAUGGCAGUUUCUUUCUCAGUGAUUCCUUGGAGGCACUCGGUGUGAAAACAGAGAACCAGGAGAGCCCACUGUCGCACCCUCUUUCACCAGAUCAGGUUGCGGAGUCAACUAGGAAGGCGGAUGUGCAACAAAGCAGUGGCCCAGACAACAGAAGUUGUGUGUUGGACCUUUGUCUCCCUGCUGCCUGGAUAUCUGUUUUACCUCCCCUGGACCAGCAGUGGAUUUCCAGGGCACUCUUCAAGUGGUCACAAACUGGACAGCCAGAGCUGGACUUUGCCAUUUUGGAUAAGAAGUGGUGGUAUCCCCCGCAGCUUUCACCUGCCCCCACUGCUAUUCCAGCAAUGGUGAGGUACUUUGGACAUCCCUUCUUUGUCUGGAUGCCGAUGAAGGUCUGGCAUGUGCAGCUGUUCUGUCCACACACAGAGUGUGGAAAGGAGCUCACCUUUGCAGGACUGCACCAGCAGAUCCGGCGUGUUGUUGGCCUCAGCACCACCUACUUCCUGACAACGGAGGACCUCCGCUGUAAGGGCUGCAAUAGGACAGUGGCUAGCUGGAGCCACAGCAUUGUGCAUCAGUUGGACGUCUGCCACCAAGUCCAGUUUCCUUUUCUCCUCUCCGCCGAGCUGGGCUGUGACAUGCAGGUGGUGCGGCAGCUGCGACUGAGGGGCCCUGGGAAGAGCAUCGGCCAGUUUCAGACCCAGCUGGAGGAGCAGCACACAGAGGCUUGGUUGCAGAAACAGGUCCAUUUCCGGACCGAUUUCAGGAGACUAAUGCAAGCGGUUGUGUCUGGACUGAAAGCUCCGGUCAUGCUUGGGGAUUUGCCCACUAUGCUCCCAGUUCCAAAGAAUCGCUGGCUGAUGCAGGCGUAUUCCCAGGACGUGCUUAGCCGGCUGAAGGAGACAAAAGCGUCCAUCACCUCCCAGUUUGGACGAAUGUUAAAAAUGGACUCGACCAAAAGAAUCGUCAAGACGCUGGCAGGGGAGAGCGAUGCAACAUCAUCCUGGGUCACCAGCAUCAUCAAUGAGCACGGUCAGGUGAUCAUUUCCGUGCUUACGGCCAGCAAGGGCAGAGACCUGGGAAAGAUGAUCGGUGAUCGAUGGCGUCGUUAGCCGCUACCAGGAUGCCGGAGUGUCGCCGCCUGAGGCGCUGUAUGUCGACCAGGACUGCUGUGGGUCCAACAUGCUCAGGCCAUGGCCCAGCACAAAGAUUCGCCUGGACAUUUGGCAGUUCAUGCAAAGAAGCACUCAAAGAGGCCAAACGGGCAGAGCUGGAGGAUGGGCAGACGCAGCCUUCCGAUGCAGACGUCACGUGUCACAUCACCAGGGCUGAGAUGGCGCUACACUGCAAGAGGACCACCAGAAGUAGCAGUGAGAUGGAGGAACUCCUAAACGAGCUGAUCCAGGUCUACGAUGGAGAGACGGGCUGCGACCCUCUUGGCGUGCCUCUCAUUAACUCUGAGGAUGGCACAGAUCUGGGAGGAACAGAAGAAGCACCUCCCCUGCAUCCAGGACCCACCAGGCGUGCAAUUGUACACGCAGACAGGGACCCUGCACAAGGGGCAUCACAGUCUGCCCACCUACAGAUGCGCCAGGGAGUCCACUUCACUGCAGCGUUUCCAUCUCCACAUAAACAGCUUUAUCCCAGGAACUUUAGCCAGUGCCACGUUGUUUCAGGCCUAUCUGGUGGAGGGCAUUGCGAGGUGGAAUGAGGACAGGGCCAUGGCAGCAGAAGGGAGAGUCAUGUCCCAGAGUGACCGCCUCAGGCAAGCUGCCAACCAGCUCGCCUGGGAGGUCAUGGGAAUUACGCCGAUGGACUGCACAGGGUCACCAAAGUAUACAGGUGAACUCAUAGGUGUGGAGUACUUGUACGACCAAACUGGCAGUGCUCUAGAAGAUUACAAACUUACUCUGUCAGCGCUGGAGACAGAAGAGGUGACCGUGGCAGAGGACGAGGGCUACGUGGAGCGAGUGAAGCUUGAGGACUUCACCAUCCCCAUGCCUGACGAGUCUGAUCCACCUGCUUCUCCCAACACAUUCAGAUCUGCUCUUUGUUUAUUCCCUCUCCCCACCUCAACAACCUCAACCAACUCAGCCACCUCAACCAACUCAGUUAUCGCUGCUGCACAUUCUGCCCUUGCUGUCCGGUCAUCUCCUCUCCCCACCUCAACCACUAAAGACAUGACGUCUACACCUUCUGUUCUUCCUGUCCUGUCAUCUGGUCUCCUCCCCUCAACUACCACCGCCAUCACUUCAACAGGGAAAGCACAGCUCCACCUGGCCAUUGGGCCUGGUGAGCCAUCGACGGCUCCAGCUCAGCAUCCCCUGCCUGAAGCUGGAGCACUGCAGUCUUCUCCUGCACUGUCCUUCGCUGGCCCCAGGCCGGUCCUAAUUCUACCCAGACCGUGUCCAGAGGGUCCCACCAAUCAACUGACCCCAACUAGGCUGUUGCUUCCUGCCGGGGCAACCCUGGUGACCGUUGGUUCUUCACUGGAGGUCUCAAGGCCACACACCGGUGCGGCAGCGGUGCCAUACUCAACCCAAUGCUACAGGAAGAGGAAGUGGGAGAGAGGCACACACACUCGCAAGUAUGUCAGAACAAGAGUUGUGAGCAUUUGUAAACAGUGCUAUAAAGAGAGAAAGCCACCCACCCACGUGCAAUACUAUGGCAAUUGGGACUGUGAAGAGACUGCUACUGUCAAACUAUCUGAAUGGAGAGAAAGCAUGGCAGCCAAAGGCUAUGGAAAAAAGAAAUACACAUAAAAUAUAUUGUAAUACAUUGUAUGGUGCAUAUUGGUUUUAUUUUUUAAAGGAAAAUAUAUGAUUAA